AUGGCUUCUUCGGAAUCUCACCACAAGACAGGGAGUGGGGAAACGAAGAAGCACUCAACGAGCGAGCUUAUGGCAAGCGCAAAACUGGUAGCAGAGGCAGCACAGUCAGGUUUCGGACCAGGACCUGAUGGGAAGGCGAUGGACAAAGGGAAGGUGGCUGAUGCAGCUGGGGAUCUUCUAGAUGCAAUUGGUGAUUAUGCUAAAUUGGAUGAUCAGAAAGGGUUAGGACAGUACGUUGACAAGGCUGCUGAUUAUCUUCAUCGCUAUCAUCCCACCACAACCGCCGCCGCCACGGCUGAUCAUCCAACUUCCAAACCAGAUCACCACAAAAGCAAUGAUGCUGCCAAAACCGACGGUGGAGAAUCAGGUGGACAUGGCCAUGGACUUGGUGAUUUUGCAAAGGCUGCCGGUGGUUUCUUUCAUAAAUGA